AUGGCUCCAAAAGUUGCAAUCAUCAUCUACACCCUAUACGGCCACGUCGCCAAACUAGCUGAAGCUGAAAAAGCUGGUGUCGAAAAAGCCGGUGGUCAAGCUGACAUCUACCAAGUUCCUGAAACUUUGAGUGAUGAUGUCUUGAAGUUAUUACACGCUGGUGCCAAACCAAACUACCCAAUUGCCACCCCUGAAACCUUGGAACAAUACGAUGCCUUCCUUUUCGGUAUCCCAACCAGAUACGGUAACUUCCCAGCCCAAUGGAAAGCCUUCUGGGAUUCAACUGGUGGGUUAUGGGCUAAAGGUGCUCUAUACGGUAAAGUUGCUGGUGUUUUCGUCUCAACUGGUACUCCAGGUGGUGGUCAAGAAGUUACCAUUGUUAACUCAUUAUCCACUUUAGCUCACCAUGGUAUCAUCUAUGUUCCAUUAGGUUACAAAAACGCCUUCCCAUUAUUAACUAACUUGGAAGAAGUUCAUGGUGGUUCUCCAUGGGGUGCUGGUUCAUUUGCCGGUGGUGAUGGUUCAAGAACUGCUUCUAAAUUAGAAUUGGAAGUUGCUGAAAUCCAAGGUUCUUCUUUCUACGAAACUAUUUUAAAAUUUUAA